AUGUCUGAAGUCAAGAUUAUUUGGCACCGCACCUGCGUCGUCUGCAAGCGUGUAGAGAAAAUCGAGUACCUCAACAUGAACAACACCCAGGUCGACGACCCCAAGAAGGACGAAGCCCAGACUGCAGUUCAAACUGACUGCCCGGACGAAUCCCUCAAGGAUGCCAUCGCAAACUACCGAUGUCGAGCGUGUCGUUCUGCGAUGACCAUCGAGAGCCAGAAGCUUCAGAACACGAUUAUGGAACUUCUAGGACGUGAGCAGAAAGAAGGAAGAAGUAGUAGCGAGGAGGAACAUUGGACAGCGUCGGGGGAUUCAAGUUAUCAGGUGUGA